GAAGCUGUUUGAUUAUUGUGAUAGAUCGAUUUGUUUGGUUAUUGGUUUUAAGUUUUUUUUCAAUUGUUUGGUUAUUGAUGGAAUACUAUAUUUCUUUAGUGCUAUAUAAAAAAAUUCAGCGUCAUAUUAUUUUAUUUCUUUAAACACAGGAAAGAGGAUAAAGACUAAGGCGUCGCUUCUACAUUCCUGUUCGUACUUGAGUGUGGCUGGGUGACCUGCAGGGCUAUAUAAACGUUCAAUUAUAUUGGUCUCUAAUGUACAAAUUAAGGUCAUAUAAACCGUCUGGUAUCAAUUUUCUUAGAGACCUGGCAAGUUGAGCUAAGAUCUUGGGGAAAAGCGGUGGGUUGAACUUCAUUUUCAGGGUCAAUGGGUGAGCAGAAGGAAAGAAGGCACAGAAUCCUGAUGGUCUCUGAUUUUUUCUACCCCAACUUUGGUGGUGUUGAGAAUCACAUUUACUAUCUCUCUCAAUGCCUUCUGAAGCUUGGUCAUAAGGUGGUGGUAGUGACUCAUGCUUAUGGAAACCGAUCCGGGGUGAGAUAUAUGACAGGAGGGCUGAAAGUUUACUAUUUACCAUGGAAGCCCUUUCUUAUGCAGAAUACAUUACCAACCUUCUAUGGAACACUUCCAAUUAUAAGGACUAUCCUUAUCCGAGAAAAAAUAUCAUUGGUGCAUGGGCAUCAGGCCUUCUCAACACUUUGUCAUGAAGCUUUGAUGCACGCACGUACAAUGGGGUAUAAGGUUGUGUUUACUGAUCAUUCACUCUAUGGUUUUGCUGAUGUGGGUAGCAUCCACAUGAACAAAGUAUUGCAGUUCACUCUCUCGGAUGUAAAUCAAACUAUUUGUGUUUCUCAUACGAGCAAGGAAAACACUGUUCUACGGUCUGGUUUGCCGCCGGAAAAGGUCUUUGUGAUACCUAAUGCUGUUGACACAGCUAUGUUCAAGCCUGCUGCAAAGAGACCUAGAGGUAAUGAAAUUGUUAUCGUUGUUAUAAGUAGACUGGUCUACAGAAAGGGCGCAGAUCUGCUUGUUGAAGUCAUCCCAGAAGUUUGUCGUCUAUAUCCUUAUGUUCGUUUUAUAAUUGGAGGAGAUGGACCUAAACGUGUGCGGUUGGAAGAGAUGAGGGAAAAGCAUUUCCUUCAAGAUCGAGUUGAAAUGUUGGGUGCUGUUCCACAUGCUCAAGUGCGGUCAGUCCUUAUUUCUGGCCAUAUUUUUUUAAACAGUUCUUUGACAGAGGCCUUUUGCAUAGCUAUAUUGGAAGCUGCUAGUUGUGGAUUAUUAACUGUCAGUACACGUGUAGGAGGUGUUCCAGAGGUUCUGCCCGAUGACAUUAUUGUACUUGCAAAACCAGAUCCUAGUCAUAUGGUUCAAGCAAUCAAAAAGGCAAUAUCUAUACUUCCUAUGAUUGAUCCACAAGUGAUGCACAACCGUAUGAAGGAACUCUACGAUUGGCAUGAUGUUGCCAAAAGGACCGAGAUCGUGUACGACUGUGCUUUGAAUUGUGCAAAUCAAAGUCUUCUGCAAAGACUCUCCCGGUAUCUUUCAUGCGGAGCAUGGGCAGGCAAGCUUUUUUGCUUUGUCAUGAUUAUUGAUUUAUUGUUAUGGCAUCUACUGCAAUUAUGGCAGGACAAUUGGUUGGGGUACUCCGUUUGCUAAUACGUUGGGAUCCUUACUGGUAAUGCUUGUAAUUAUUUCUGACAUUAAUGGAAAGGAGAUGCUUGUGUGGAGAAGAUUUGGCUUAGAAAUAUUCCUUCUAAAUGAUCGCUCUUGUUUUGGAAGCUACUUCACACACACAUAGCAUAGUGCCUUUAAAAAAGUUGUUUUUCCUUGUGUCAUCCGCAUAGCUUAGCCUUUGAGGUUGUGCUUACGGGAAACAUUUUUGGUCAUUCAUUCGAGUAUUGUGCCUAACAUGGCAUUAUGGCGGACUGGUAACUGUUACGUGACGAGAUAACUAGUAACUACCUUAUCCUUCAACGUCAGUUUGUCAGAAAGAGUGAUGGAAGAAACUAUGGAACCUCAAAAAUUCCUAGGACUCUUCUACGUUUGAUUGGAGAGCAUGUGAUGAUGUUUAUUUCCACGGGUAUUGCAUUCUAUGGAAGGAAAAUUGUAACGACCCUCUUCUACUCACUCUUGGGAAGUUUCAACACCAGGAUUUUGGUCACCAAUGCCCCUGUACUUUCUGUAUUUAACAAGUUGG